UGGGAGCAAAGUGGCCAGAAUGAUGAGUGGAUUAAGAGUAGUCAGACUUGAGUGGUAUUGGGUGGGUUAGGGGAAGCUGAUCCUGCAGGGACUUGCAGGUUCCAUUACAAGGAUGUUGGCUUCUACCCUGAAUGAGCUGAGAGGCCAUUGGAGGGCUUUCAGCAGAGAGUGACAGUUUAGCCAGGUCAUUCUGUAUGUGUUGAGAGUAGAAUGUAGAUGAGCAAGAGUAGCUUGCAUCAUAGUAUUAGUGGCAAGAAGUGGUCAAAUAUUGAUAUAUUUUAAAAAUAAAAAGAUGUUCUCAUGGAUUGGAUGAGGGAUAUGAGAGAAGUCAAGGUCAGCUUCAGGGUUUUUGGUCAGUAUCAUUAGAAGGUUGGAGUUGGAGUUUAAGAUAGCAGGAAAAAUUAGAUAAAAGUUCAGUUUUGCAUGUAUUAAGAUUAUGUCUAAUAGAUACCAGGUGGAUAUGUGAGUAGGGAGUUGGCUCUGCCUGCCUGGGUUUCAGUCUCAGCUCCACCAUUUACUAGGUCUGUGAUGUGUUACAUAAGCUUUACAUAAUUCAGUUUUCUCAUCUGUAAAACAGGCUUUUAAACAGUAGUAUGUAUGCCAUAAGGUUCUUGUGAUAUGUGUAAUGUCUAUGAGACAGUGCCUGGCACAGAGUGAUCAAUCAUAAUGCAAGUGUUAGCUGCUGUUGUCAUUAUUAUGCUGCCAAAGGACAGGUUAUUUUUUGCUCCCUGUGAUUCGUUACUGAAAACCAGAACAAUGGAAGUCCACAGUGUUUGCCUUAUUGACUCUUGCAAUGGUAGCUUGUGUAGAAGGCUCAAAAAACUUCAUAGCUGAUCUGGUGGGUGUAACUCCAAAGCUCUGACUGCAGACAGAUCAGUGGUAAACUGUUGGACUGGGUGGAGCUGUGAAGCCUGAGCCCCUCCUGGAACUUGGAAAGAAGCACAAAACCACCCUUCACAUUCUUGUAGCGUGUUGUUUUGAGUAUGUGUACGUUGUCUAGUCCUCGCCUUUAUCUGGCAUGUAACACAUGUCUUAAGCUUUAUUUAGUAGACACUACUUUCUGAGACAAAAUUGUGUUCGGUGCCCCUAUAUCUGUAGCAUCAACCAUUAUUUAGGUUUCCUUAUAAAUUUUAUUGGCUUCUUUGUUCACUAGUUUUGUAUUUCCCAUCUUUAUCUUUCUUGGGUUCACUUUUAGUUUUGAUGGAAUAUCAAGUGAUUGUUUCAGAUGAUGUAUAUACAUGUUCAACUUCUCAGCCCUUGUGAGUGUGAAAACCACUCCUCUUUCACCUCUUCCCACUUAGAAUGUAACUUUGGGGCUCUCCAGGCCUGGGAAGGCACCCUGCAUUCUCCCUGAAGUACUGGUCUUCCUUGCACUCUUCUUUGUGUGCUAACUCUUUCAUGUCUCUGAGGAUCAGAAAACCUCUGGCCCCCAAAUCUAGGUUGUGUUCUUCCUAUGCAUACACCGGUAUUAUCACACUGUAUUGAAAUUGCUUUCCUUCUUUCUCCCAAGCAGAUAGAAAGUUCUCAGAAGGCAGGGACAAGGUCUGUUUUGUUGAUUGUUGUGUCCUAGGAUUUAAGGCCGGGGUCCUGGUAUAUGGUAGAUACUCAGUAUUUUUUGAAUGAAUGGAAUGAUACGUGAAUGGAUAAAUUUAAAAGCUGCUAAUACUUGAACAUUAAGGUUAUGUGAUGAGAUCUAAAAUUACAGCUUUAGUUUUUACUCAUAAACAUGUUGCCAUUUACUACUCAUUAUAGUUUUGUUUAAUAUUAUUUUUCUGGAGUAUUUGGAGUAGAAUUUGUAUUUGGAAUUUCUUUGAGAGCAAGUUGAAGAUAAGCCAAAGCUAUGGAUUUUGAUGUUGUGAUAUGAACUCUUUUCAGGUUGAAAAAAUCCUCUUGUGUUAUUUGAUAUUUUUGCUACAGAAUCGGUGAUGAAAUAGAUGAUACAGAAGUCGAAGAAACACAAGAAGAGAAAAUAAAAUGGAAAGUAAAACUGGAGUGUGCGCAUAUUCCCAAAAAAAAAAAACUAAAUGGACUUUUUGGCCAACCCAAUACAUGGCAUUCGAAGUUCACUUUUCAUGUUUUGACAUGUUUCGGCACUUUGGAAACCCUAUAACAUCACCGAAGAAUUUGCAACGUAGAAAAUCAAGAAGCAAGGACUACAAUGUAUACAGUGAUAAUGAUAUCUGCAAUCAGGAAUCAGAAGAUAAUUUUGCCAAAGAACUUCAACAGUAUAUAAAAGCCAAAGAAAUGGCAAAUGCUGCUCAAUCCUUACCAUCUCCUGAAGAAUCUGUGAAGAAAGAGGAAGCAAAGGGUACACAGAAAGCUGUUAAACAAAAAAAGAAAAACCUUAAAGCUGCCCACAAGAAUGGUAAACAGAAGAAAAUGAAGCGGAAAUGGCCUGGCACUGCAGACAAGGGGUCCAGUGCAUCACUGAGCAACAGUGGCACGCAGGAACAGGAUGUUAAACCUAAAGAGAAGCAGCACGUGCGAAUGAGUCAGGGGUUUAUCAACCAGCACACAGUGGAACGCAAGGGGAAACAAGUCUGUAAAUACUACCUUGAAAGGAAAUGUAUUAAGGGAGACGAGUGUAAAUUUGAUCAUGAUGCAGAAAUAGAGAAGAAAAAGGAAAUGUGUAAAUUUUAUGUACAAGGAUACUGUACCAGAGGUGAAAACUGUCUGUAUUUACAUAAUGAAUAUCCUUGCAAGUUUUACCAUACAGGAACAAAAUGUUACCAGGGAGAGCACUGCAAGUUUUCACACGCUCCUCUGACUGCCGAAACACAGGAACUGUUGGCUAAAGUUUUGGAUACUGAAAAGAAGUCAUGAAAAUAAAAUACAUUUAAAAAGCUUUGUAUAGAUGAAGAGUGCUCAUGCAUACAUUCGGGACUGUUCAAGACUGGUGAUUUGGAGUGGUUUACUGGAUUCCUCAUUUAAAGCACCUUCUCGUAACAUUAUGGUGACAUGCUGCUUCUUUAAUGGAUGGCGCCCUCGGAGGGACAGAAUCCAGUGUAUAAGUGAAAGGGUUGUCUUCACCCAGCCGUUCUGCUGUCGGAGCGGGAGAGGAGACAGAUGACAUGGCUGCUCGCUGCUGGGUAAAUGUUGUGGGUAGGAAAGUGCAGAAGUCUAUUUGAUUCGUCUAGUUUUCCCAAUAAAAUAGGAAGCAGCGUCAGGCUGAGUGAGGAUGGUUGAAGAGGUGCAAGACUGAAGAGAGAAAACUUGGGUUUCUCUUGGAUAGAACACAGAUGUACAGUUAGAAGUUUUCGUGUCAUUGAAUAUGUGUACGGUAUUUUUUAAUGGUUGCUCACAGUUCUAUUUUAUGACUUAAAUUGUGGUUCUGUGAUUUUUUUUAAACAAGUUUUCUGUUGUUAGACAUUUGUUUCCAGUUUCUUAUUACUCAAAAUAAAAAUGGUACAAAGACUCUUACUAUAUCCUUCCAAAACUUGGAGUUCUUAACUUUUUUGUUAAGAUAUAAGAAUGGUUAUCAUUUUCAUUGGUUCAGAAAUUGUGGUCAGAUUAUACACUUAUAUAAAAUGUAAGUUUUGGUAUUGUGAUGAUGCCUGUGACAUGGUACUGAAAUACAGAAUUGUCAAAACACAAAUAAUGAGAUUCUAAACAGGCACUUUUAUAUAGUGGUGUGGUGAUUAUUAGAAAAAUACUAUGAAACAAACUGUCACUAUUAUAUUGUUUUAUUGCUGGGAAAAAUAGUAACAUCACUAAAUUGCUGAAUAGAGUACACCAAAAAAUGAGUCCAAGUUACUUGGUUGCAACCUAAUCCACUAAAGCAAGAGAAGAAAUGAAGAGGCAAAUGUGUCAGUAAAAUCUCUUAAAUUGUGUUCAGUCAAGUUAAAAGAGACACACUCUCGUAAAUAUGUCCCGUGCACCUAAAGCCGCCAUUAGGCUGUGUCCCUUGAUUGUUACAGCAGCUUCCAACAGAUGUGCUUCCAUUUUCAACUUCAUCUUCCCUAGUCCACUUUCCUUUCCUUAGUCAGAGCAGAUUUUCCGGUGUGCUGCUUCACCUGUGCCCCUACUGUGUGAUAAUACCCUGAAUCAGGAUCUGUUUGUCUGCCUGGUGUUAAGUUCUUCUCUGGUCUCCCCUUCUCAGCCAGCCAGGAUUUAGUGCCUGCUGCCUUUGGCUCCUCUCUGCCCGCCAUGGUUUCCUCCUGUGAUCUAAAUCCCAUUGACCCCUGCAGCUCCAAGCAGGUGUGCGUGUAAUGGAACCACAGUUGGUUCAAGAACCUGGGGCAGGGGAAAUAUCAGUAAGAAAGUUGUAAAGAAAACUGUAAUGGAUGUACAUGUAUGUGACCAGCGUGGUCAUCAUGGUUGUAUUAAAUUUGUCUGAUUCUUUUUGGAGCCAAAACAAAAAGGAUGAAGAGGUAAUCUGUUUGCCUCUUAUUAUCAGAAAGGUACGAUGCAAAACCUCUCUUAAUAAUAAUUUCAUAAAACAGUUCUUAUGUAGGUCUUCAUUAUGUAAAUCACUGAAUAGAAUGGACAGAGUUCUCACUUCUAAGAUUCUGCGCAACAGGUUUCAUGUAAGUUUUUUUGUGGUCAGUUACUAAGAGCCACGUGACAGCAAACUCAAAUUCUGUCAGUUUGUAAGAUAAGUAUGUAUAGCCUUUUGGUGUUUUGACUUGAUCCAGGUGAACUUAACGGAAUCCAGACCCAGGGCUGUUAAGUGACUUGUCCCCUCUCUUCAUGGAUUUCCUGACUUUCCGCACAGUUGUCUCAGUUCACUGGCUAGUUUCUGAUAAUCAUGACCUUUGGGGCCAGGGAGGGGAGGGUUACAGUUACUGAUUUCUUCCAAGGUCACUUGUACAGGUCAAAAUACUGUGGUUUGGUGAUCCGGCUUAAAUAACGGGGCUUGUAUUUCCGGUUAGAAGCACCAACCCCAUAUUGGGGGUUAGUGAGGUCAGGGUCUCUCAGCGGAAGCACUUGUGGAACAAAUGCUAGGAUCAUGUACAUAAAAUCCUUCUGAAUACUUACCACAGUUCUAUCACUGGGGUUAUGGUAGCAAAAUCAGUUGUUACUGUUGACCAGUGAGGAAACCAUGUGUGUAAGAAGGUCUCCUUCUCACGUCCCUAGGUGUGUACCAACGCGUUAUCUGUACUCCUCUUCUAACAACCCCAUCCGUGCUGAGAUGUCCUUCCCUCUAUGGUAUUGUCAGUGCUUUGUGGAUGGUAAGCCCUGGCCCCAACCCUUAGUGGUGUGUCAGCAAGGGUCUAAAGUUGUGGCUCUCAACUUUGGCUUCACAUUGGGGUCACCUAGGAACCCUUGUAAAAGAUACUGCUGUCUGGGGCCCACUCCCAGAAAUUCUGACUUGGGGGCAGGGCUGGGGUGUGGACAUGAGGUUUUCAGUAGCUUCCGGGUGAUUCCAAAGCACUGCCAAAGUUGAAAACCACUGGUCUCAACAAAUAUUGGAAGUGCCACUCUUUUUGCAGCAGUUGGUUUAGGCUUGAAAUAGGAAUGCAUGUCCUCUAGUACACUUCUGGAAAAGUGAUCAUCGCUUAAGAUACACAGGAAGAGGCUAGACAUUGCCGUGUCUGAAUGUGACGCCCAGAACGGAUGCAGCUGCCUAAUGACUUCAAGGGGAGCUAGCAGACCAGCUGAAGAUGACAGAG